GUCGGCGGUCGCAGCAGCACAAUGGUGAAGGAGGAGAUUUUGACGCAGUAUUUCGACAAGUUAUCGUACACAGUCGAGGAUAAACAAGUCCUACUUAAAUGUCUGGACUUGUGCGAUUUGUAUGAACGCGACGAAGCGACAUUCGUCGAAGAAUGGGUGGGAUACGUAGCAUCGAAAAAUUACGAACCUGAGGACAGCAAUCCCUCUCUGGAGACGCUCACAGAGUUCGAAAAUAGCGUCUUGAAAAAGAGACGAACCAUUAAAACGGAUGAUGAAGGGCCCAAGAGUGAGAUGGGGAUGCUGGCAGCAUCUGGAUCCUCAAAAAUAUUCGUUGAUGACGAGGGAAUCCUUGAAAUGUACGGCUAUAAACCAUCGACACCAUCCAUUAAACGGCUGAGGAGUCCCGAGCAUGCCGAAGUCAUCAAUCCUGAGAAUAAAGUGCGAGCUGUGGAGAGCUCGUACUCGCCUGCGAGCUAUACCGCUAAAGCGGAACUUCCAAAACGAGAUGUGGACACAAACAUCAGUGGUAAAGUCAUCCAGCAAUUUGGGAAUUAUGUAGAAACCUGGAACAACGAAAGCUCAAACAAAAUCGUCAAACUCACUAAAACAACUCACCCUUACGUGCCGUCAGACCAAACCUACAUGUUCGACAUUCUCUCUCGAAGACUAGAAAACCUGGAGAAUUAUUGCUCCGACAUGGGGAAACGGAUUUCCGACCAGUGGCCUAUCGACAACAAAGAGAUGAUCGUCACUGCUAACGUUAUGGAGAGGAUUCAGGAGCCGUUCAGGACAUUCGGUCGAGUGAAGUGCGAGAGGAUGGGGGCUGGAUCCUUCAUAUUACAGAACUGGUUCGUUCCAGAGGAUGACGAGAAAGUUGAGGAUGAGGAUUCCUCGAGAAAGAGGAAGGGCUGUUGCGUGUCAACGUCUCUGAAUCUGAGCAAAUUGAAACAAUUUUCCAUUUUCCCCGGAGAAAUUGUCGUCGUGGAAGGGAUCAACCCAGGAACUGAGACGUUUAUCGUCAGGGAGAUGAAGACAAUAGUUGGGGUGCAACCCACACCUCCACCGAAUAUUACCCAGACGAUGCAGAUCGUCGUGGCUUGUGGACCUUUCACUCAGAGGGAUCGACUGGACUUCCAACCACUUAUGAAUCUCAUGCAGAAUGUUGCAGAGACCGAACCGAAUCUACUUGUUCUUGUGGGGCCCUUUGUACCCCAGGAUAAUGAGGAUAUUAAACAAGCAGUUGUUGUCAACACACUUCAGGAGGUUUUCGAAGAGUUCGUGGAGAAGAUUAUGAAUUUUGUAAAAGGUUCCUGUACGCAGAUUCUUCUGAUGUCCUCCAGCAAAGAUGCUCAUCAUGAUAAUGUUUAUCCAACUCCAGAGUAUUUUAUCCCUCAAUCGCUGAAGUCUUCUAAUAUUCACACAAUCUCAGAUCCCUGCAUGAUCAGUGUUGAUGGGCUUUCGAUCGGUGCUACGUCUGUCGAUAUUCUCAAGCAUCUAGCAGGCAAGGAAAUCAGCCACAAUAUGGGUGGUACAGACAGGGUCGCCCGUCUAGCCGAACACGUGUUGCAGCAGGCCUGCUUCUACCCCCUGUACCCACCAUCCAAAGAAAUAAACAUGGACAUCGAGCUGUGGGAGAAGUACGCCCAUAUGAAAUACAGACCACACAUCCUCCUGCUACCUUCAUCCUUGAAACCCUUCUGCAAAUGGAGCGAUGACACAUUCAUCAUAAAUCCAGGGGAUAUGUCCAAGAAUUUGUACGCCAGACUCAAGAUUCGUCCCACUGAUGACAAUUCUUGGAAAUCAAAUUGUAUUGAUUGUGAGAUAUUAAAAGUUUAAGUCGAAAAGAUCAUUCUUUAGUUGUAAAAUGUAAAAUUAAUAUAAAUCAUCAUUUUUAUAUCAUAAGGAUUGUUUUCUAAUAAAAAAAGUUAUCUCUA